AUGGGUAUACGGCUAAUUCGAGGUUGCGUGCUCCUUGGAUCGUGUUUCCUAGUCAACUAUGUGACUUCAAAUGGGAAGACGAACUUUGCAGAGGGCGUGACUUCGAUCACCUUCUAUGCCAUGAUUGUGAGUGUACCAAUGCCUUUGCAUGGUAAGAGGGUGCUCACAGCGGAUUUUUUUUAG